AUGGACCAUUUCGACAAAGACAUCCGAGACGUCCACCUGCUCUACGAUUAUGAUGUGAUGGGCGAGGGUGGAAAUCCAGAGAAGUGGCGCUAUGAGAUGUGGUUCUUCUCGGAGAAGAGGAUCGUGUACUCUAUACACGGUGGUCCAAUGGCCGGAAGGUUGAACUACCAGACAUGCGAGUUUCAAUGCAUCAGACCAGGAGAGCUCUGGCAAUGCAAUUGGUUAGAAGAAACCGGUACAAUCGUCUCACUGGUGUAUGAUAUUCCUAGAAAACGAAUCACCACCAUGAUCGGUUUCUCCAAAGGUCAUUGGGAACAUGCCAAGGAGGCUCACGGGGACAAACGCAACCCCGCUGAUUUCGAGCGCUGGCGUGCUCUCGCUAAGAUAGGGACUCAGACGGACAGGCAUAUCCUUUGCGAACAGGCGGAUAUUCUUGAGGUGUUUAAAGGGAAAGGUGAUCUCGUACCCAUAGAACCUGAUGCUGAAACAUUGUAG